UGGCCGAGGUUGCCGGAACGCCGGAACCACCGGAACUGCCACGAAGGCCGAGGGGGUAGGCGCGACCGAAGGAGGGACCAUGGAGAUCGUGGCGCAGAAUGUCUUGGAGGUCGAUGCCGAAGGAAGGACCGCGGAAAACGAGGUGGCCGAGCUGGAGUUCCAGACGUCACAGGUCAUUUCGCGGCUCGAGGAGGCUGUCGAAAGGGCCGCCGAUGGAGGCAGCACGGCGUGGACCAGUCCCUCGGGAUUUCUCUCGCAGCCGAAAGCUCCCGAGGAGGUUCUGGCGCUGAUGCAGGAUCUCGUGGUUCACCAGGACGGUCCGCAGCUGGCACCGGACGGGACAUCGGAGACUCCGAUCGGCAUGCCGGCCCUGACCGAAGCCGCCAAAUUGGCUCCGAUCGCUCACGCGGUGUCCGCCUACUCGAUGGCGUUGCCUCGGUCUCACACUCAGAGGUUGGCCGGUCGACUGGCCACGGACACGACGAGAUGGCUCGGCCACGUCUUCCAUUUCGUCGAUUGCGCGUCCUCGUUUCACGAGGAUCACCUGGAAGGCUUGGUUAGAGUGACGAGGUUGGCUCUGCACAGGAAGUACCCGAGGUACAUGGAAGAGGGCUUCACGGCCCUCGCCUCGUCCCCGCCGUUGAUCUACAGCUCCGUCGCCGCCCCUCUGGGGGUCGUGCAACAUCUGUGCAGACAGCUGUCUCUGCCCUUGCACUGCGUGCGACCCGUUCCGCAAACGACGGACUUUGGAUGUCGAGGCGGGAUGGACGUGGCCGCCCUGGAACGGCGACUCGCGGAAGACGGUCGGACGAACGGCGCGACGCCGUUGCUGGUCCUGGCGGAAGCCGGCUCCCUCUUGACGGGCCACUGCGACGACGUCGCCAGGCUAAGGGAGAUAUGCGACAAGUACAACGUCUGGCUGCACCUCAGGGGUCACUCGCUCGCCGCUCUCGCCUUAAACGACUCCACGAAAGAUCUGCCCUCGAAGGUUGCCGACAGCGUCACCCUACCGCUGGGCGUUUGGUUGGGCGUGCCGUCCCUGCCGGUUGUCACGUUGUACAGGCUCACCGACACCAAAGGCGGACGUCCGACGCCCAGGGACACGACGCUGUCCCUGGUUUCGGGUCUGAUGGCGGACUCGCUGUCCAGGAGACUGCCCACCUUGCCCCUGUGGGCCACUCUCCAAGUCCUCGGCCGCGACGGCAUCCAGGAGAGGUUCAGGCGGUGCUUCCUGGCCGUCGAGGAGUUGCACAAAAAGAUCAACAAGCUGUCCUGCAUUCGAAUACUGAGCCAAGCACCCGGCGAGGAGUCGGGCUCCGGCGAGACGAACGGGCCCCUGCACUUCGAGGUCGUCGCCAGUGCCUUCGUCUUCCAGUUCGUCCCGAGCGACCACGAUCCUAGGGCGAACGAGCGCGUCCCGCCGUACUACGACAAGCUCAACUCCUGGCUCGGUCAGAUCCUCCAGAGGGACAUCGAGAACGUGCAGGUCGAGCUCUGCGAGAUCGAGCAGCGAGGCGUGGCCAUCCGCGUCUGUCCUCUGGAGAGCUCGAAGAGUCCGCCGAGGCCCGAGGACGUGGACAACGUGGUCGCCUGCCUCGAGCAACAAGUGGAGAUCCUGCGCGCCACGGUGGAGCACAAGGAGACGUUCGUUCGUCUGGUCUCGGAGAACGACUCCCUGCACUUGGUGGAAAUGCCCGGGUGGGCAGGGCUGGGCGGAGUGCGCUACGCUCCGCCGACCUGGAUUCACGUGAUGACCGACCAGGCCAAGGAGGAGCUUAACCGGCUCAACACCCGACUCGUCGAGGCUCUGAGGAGCACGGACGCCGCCUUUUCCCUGGGAGAGGGUGCGGACGGUCUGGCGUGCGUUCGAUUCGGCAUGGUCACCCAGGACACGGACGUCGCCGAGCUGCUGUCCCUGGUCCUGCAGGUCGGCCAGGAGGUCGAGGCGAGCUCGAAGAUCCUGGACACGAUGUCCGAGGUGGUCAAGCGGGGCAUCGAGACGGCCCAGACGGACCUCGAGCGGGAAAACGCCGAGAAGCUCUGGCAGGAGGGAAUCCUGAGACACGUGCCCGUUGUCGGCACCCUGGUCAACUGGUGGAGUCCUCCGUCCAGGGAAGGGGGCGUCCGAGGGCGCAGCUUGAAUCUGCAGGCCGGCGUGGUCGAGAGCACCGAGAACAUCUACAAGUACCACAUGCAGCAGCAACCGAUCGCCCCGGGGGCGAGGACGCCGCCCCAGCCCUUGGUGCAGACUCCGGUCGGGGCCGGCAGCCAAAGCCACAGCAGGUCUUCGAGCCAUUCCAGCGUGCAGAGCGGACUGCAGAGCGGACUGCCCUCUCCCCGGCCGAGGCUCAAGGAGGAAGCCAAGUCGUAGCGGGCCCCGCCGAGAGAGGCGCUCGAGGCGCUCGAGGCGCUCGAGGCUCUCGUACUUACGUAGACGAAGCGAAGCGAGGCGAGGCGCGUCGCGGCUCCGGCACAAUAGACGAGGUAGAGCCUUGGUUAUUCCGUUGAGGGAGCUCUCGUCGAUCCUCCCAGCGGGUUCAAAGUAUUUCGCGGCGUUGAUAUUUUUAAUCGGAACUCGCGGACUUUCGCCAAGGACUGGCGGUUCGCGGGCACGGCGCGGCCGCGUACCGCCGAUCCGGGGUCGAGAAACGAAUCGAGCUCGUAUGUAUAUUUAUGUACCAAACCGUUGUAAUAAAGUAUUGCUACCGAAGGAA